AUGCCUGCUCUGACCGAGAUCUUUGGAGAUGAUUCCGUAUUACAAUUUGGCGGUGGAACUUUAGGUCACCCUUGGGGAAAUGCACCCGGUGCCGUAGCUAAUCGAGUAGCUCUAGAACCAUGUGUACAAGCUCGUAAUGAGGGACGUGAUCUUGCUCGUGAGGGUAAUUCAAUUUUUCGUGAGGCUAGCAAAUGGAGUCCUGAACUGGCUGCUGCUUGUGAAGUAUGGAAGGAGAUUCAAUUUGAAUACGAAGCAGUGGAUACCUUGUAA